AUGACUCCAGAAAUGGAAACAGGAGACAGGGUAGCGCACUGGAAAAAGGAAAUGAAGGUGAAUCCUGAGGAAUUGGGCAACUACUUGGAGGGCGAUAUUAUGCUCACAGAAGAUCAUCAAGAACAUAUAAACUACUGGCCUGAUGUCAUUAUUCCCACCAUAUUCAGUGGCGACUUCAAUCAAAAUGAGGUGAUACGUAUACUUGAUGCAAUGGAAACCAUUCAUCGUAAUACAUGCAUCAGGUUUAAAACGAUAUACAUGAAAAACGAAUUAAAUUGGAGAGACGAACGGGGUUAUAUCAUUAUCACUAGCAAAAAAACUGGGUGCUGGUGUCAGGGGAUUGGCAAGAUAGACAGUGGACAACAAAUAAAUUUACAGACUCCUGCUUGUACAAGAACACAUACCAUAAUACAUGAGUUGCUGCACGCUCUUGGUCUUGACCACGAGCACAACAGAGUAGACCGAGAUCUUUACGUGAUGAUCAAUUGGACUAAUAUUUCAGAAGAUAUGCAUUACAAGCACCACAAUUUCUAUAUGAGGAAAACCAAUUAUACUCUCGGUCUUCCUUACGAUUACGACAGCAUCAUGCAUUAUUCACCAUACGCGUUUGCCAAAUACCCCAACCUAACAACCAUUACUACAAAAGCUCCAAACAAAUCAAUCGGUGAGGCAAAGAUCUUAAGUAAAUUAGACAUUUUAAAGAUCAAUAUAAUGUGUAAUUGCAGCAGGUAUCUUCGUAAGGAAGACAUUGAUAAAGUUAAUAACUGGAUAAACAAGGACUUAGUGUGCCAAAAGAAAAUUGUAAAUUAA